UCACAAUAAGAAUCAUCCAGUUGCCCUAAAUGUAUUUUCUAAUUGGUAAUUUACUGGAACAGAAUCAUAAUGUACGCUGCACAAAAACAAAAGCAAAGUUCAUGACGUAGAGGGGGUGUGGCUUAGGGACAAGUUCGGGCAAAGCACCCAAACAUAGCACGUGAGCUGCGUAUGAUAACAAGACGGAACGAUACAACGAGGAAAUAAAGGCAUUUAAACGUCGAUCGCUGCUGAUGUUAUGUCACAGAAGAAAGCGUAUGCAGUAAGGUUUAUUGAAUCAUGUCAUCAGUCAUGGAAGGAAAAGCAGAGGCAUUGGAUAACAUAAGCGAUGCAGAAUUGCUGGGAAUAGAUUUAGAAAAUGCCUACCCUGUUAUGAAAAUAGAGCACUGCGGACAGACUCCCAUCAAGAAUCAUGGAAAAGAAGGCUACUAUGUGGACAACACAUUACAUGAGAGUGAUCCAGUUGGGGACGUCAGAUCUCUGAAGAGAAAGCAUCAGGCAGAACAGCGCUUCAGCCCAAUGGACCGGUUCCGUCGGAGGCACCUGAGCGUGACGCUGUUGUGUGAGCAGUCUUGGUGUGAGAUGAAGGUGGUCUUUGGACUCUUGAGACCGCUGGUGAAACAAAAAGAAAUGAAGAAACCAGAGGUCAAAGUUGGAGCCACCAUACAUCUGACAAGACAGCUGGAAAUUCAUGAUGUUGUUCCGAUCCAAGUCCAGUCCAGAGAAGAUUUAGAAGCCAUCAAGCUUCUCAAUGUGAUGCACAUGAUGUCAUUAUUAAAUGAAGGACAGUGUGUGCGGGAGUUUCCAGUGUUCGGGGUUCUAGAAGGAGUGUUUCUCAUGGGUGUCAUUGAUGAACUGAGCUACAACAAGGGACGGGAACUUGUCCUUAGUGAGCUCAAAACCCGUAAAGAGAUGUCACUUCCUGGCAAGGCUCAAGUCAAAGGCCAUCAUCUCCAGGUGGGAUUGUAUAAACUUCUGUUUGAUGGGAUGGUCAAUGGGGCAGUGAAGAGAAAUGACAUAAUCAGACACCUCAAACUUCAGCCAAAGCAAGUUCUGGGAACUGGGGUCCUGAACCACGCAGGGUCCAUGGGCGUUGAGGAAGGUUCCUUUGGGAGCCUGGUUGAUGUGGUGCUCAAAAGUCUAACCUCAGCUAAAGUCAGUGGCAUUCAGCAUCUGAGUCUCGAGUACAUCCACCAGGACUCCGGCGUGACCAUAGACACAAUACAUGUGGAGUGUGAAGAGGCGGUGCUGAGGGGAGAGCUGCAGGAUUAUUUCGCAUACUGGACCGGUCAGAGGGGACCCAGGGGAGUGGAUAUAGAGGACGCUUGGAAGUGCAAGUUGUGUCCAUUUGAGAAGAGCUGCCAAGGGGGAAAGGACAAAACUGAAGCCUGUAUCAAUGUUGACCCAGGCAAGAAACCCAAAUAAGGUCCACAUAUGUUGGAUAUUAUGCUUUGUCAUCAGACGAAUUUUAAAUGGUAAAUGGACUGCAUUUAUAUAGCGCUUUUCUACUCAUAGAGCACUAAAAGCGCUUUACACAUUAAUGCCUCAGACAUCUAC